GUUUCUGUGUCUGGGUAAACCGGAAUAGUACUUCAACGACACGCAGGAGAUUGACAUGGAGUUCCUGUCCAAAGACUUCAACGCCGCCAACCGCAGCUACCCGGUCAACCUCGUGCUGCAGUCACGCGACGCCGCCCUGGCCGGGUACGACGCAUCCAAGACGGGCAACUUCGUCAAGGCGUACCUGCCGUUCGACCCGACAGCGGACUUCCACGAGUACCGCAUCGACUACCUGCCCGGCCGCGUCUUCUUCUACGCCGACGGCGCCGUCUUAGCCGAGAUGGACGGGCCCGCGGUGCCAUCGUCGCCGGGCCACUUGAUCCUGCAGCACUGGAGCAACGGGAACCGAUACUGGUCCGGCGGGCCCCCGACCCAAGACGCGGCGCUGGCGGUCCGAUACGUGAAGGCCUACUUCAACUCGUCCCUGACACAGCGACAUCGCGAUUGGGAGGCGCGGUGCCGCGACCCGACGGCGCCCAAGGCGGUGUGCAGGAUACCGGAUGUGACGCCCGACGACUCGAGCGCUGCGGGCUGGUUCUUCAUGGAUCAAAAGAAUAUGACGAACAACCAGACGGUAUCGGAGGAGCAGAGCCUGUGCUCGACGCUGAAGGGGCCGUGGUGGUCGAGCGUGGCAUGGCUUUCAAUCGUUGGCGCGUGGGCGCUCAUGCUAUGACCAUGCCGUUAUAUUUUUGUAUCAAGCAGCUGCAGUGCGGUGGAGAGGAAUCAAG